UGAAGAGUAAAGUGCACUUACAAAACUGAACCAAGUUAAUCUCAUCCGUUUUCUCAAAGUUUCUUCUGUACUGUACACACACCCCAACCCCCCACAACUCUGAUGGAGAAUUUGCCACCUGAACUUUUUCUCAGAAUUUUCUGUCUCUUGGAUCACCAUAAUCUUGCAACUGCUCAAUUGGUUUGCAGAAAGUGGAAAAUGUUGGGUUCAGAGAACAGUUUAUGGUGUGAUCUGUUCAUAGAGAGAUGGGGAUCAGAUCAAGCCACUUUUUAUGCCCCUGAUGAUUCCAAGUCAUGGAAACAUGUCUAUAUGGUUCAAGAUCGUUGUGAUCGCAAUGGAUUGGGAUUGAAGAUUAUUAGAGAAGGAGAUGACUACUAUCUUAUACACCAGGGUGAAAUUCAGAGACAUUUAGGUUCAAGAAAAUCGAAAAUGGAAGAGAUCUCUGAGUCGUUUAACUGUAAAGAUGAUAGGGAGGAAUCCAAUUUAAGCAUCUUGGACAAGAUCCUUUUCUUCAUUGGGGACUUGGAAUCUGCUUCUGUCCAGGUUAAACGAAGCCGGUUGGUGUAAAGAACUUUUCUUUUUCAAUAACGGUACUAUCCAGACCAGAUUGCGUGCACCUCGGACUAUUUUGGAUGGCUGAACUCCGUGCACCAAAGCUUAGGUAAAUGUGAAGAAAUUAUCUAACAUUUUUUCUUUGUUUGUAUCUUGCGGAAAUUCUUAGUUUUGUGUAAUGAUAAAUGUUUCAGUAUGUCUCGUAAGUUUUUGUAUGCAAUAUGGCAUCGUUGAAAAUAAUUUUAAGCCGUCACUUAAUCUGUAUCUGAAUAGUUUUGUGUUAUGAUAAUGUUUCACAUUUUAUUUUGUA